AUGAGUAGAAGAAUAGCUAGAUCACAAGCCAGGAAGCUUGAAGAGGCCGAAGAAAGAGAAGAAGAGGAAACAAAAGAUGUUGAAAGUCGCUCAGAUGCGAUGCCAUUUCAAUCCAAAUAUUCUAUGGAACCAUCUAAAAUUAUAGAUUUGUUUGAAACCUCGUUUAAAAACAUUCUUGAUUCGGAAGAUUUGCAACAGCAUAUUCAAAAUGUGAAAGGAGACUUGUACAAUAGAGAUUAUAUGUCAGCAUUUGGCAAUGACGAUAAAAGAUUUGCGUACGCAUCUCGAUGGACUCCUGCGAGGGCUUUGUCGUAUGCAUCGUUAUUUGGGACAUUACAGCCUAUAAGACAGUUGUUAGAAUGCCCAGAAGGUGAUAAAAGGGUUUUGUGUGUAGGUGGUGGUGCUGCGUCAGAAUUGGUUGGAUUGGCAGCUGUUUUUUGUAGGUUGAAAGAAUAUUGUUCAACCUCAAACUCAUCCUUGACGUUGGAUAUUAUUGAUAUUGCAGAUUGGUCAGCAAUUGUAGGAAGAUUAACCAACUAUGUUAAGGAGAAUUGGAUAUAUAAUGCUGCAGGAUUCAAUACAAACUUCAUACACGAUGACAUUUUGACUGCAAAUGUAGCAGAAUUAGAUUAUCCAAAGUUAGAUUUAAUCACAUUGCUAUUCACAACCAAUGAGCUUUUCUGUGAAAAAAGGGCACAAACCGUAAAAUUUUUACAGUCUUUGAAUACCCAUUGUCAGAAGGGAUGCUACUUGUUGAUUGCCGAAAGUGCUGGGUCGUACUCCAACAUAACCAUAGGGACAAAAAAAUUUCCAGUUCAAUUCUUAAUUGACAUGAUUCUUAUAGGUAAGCCAGGUGAGAAUAAUGGUAGCUGGGAAAUAGUACAACAAAGUGAAAGUUGUUGGUAUAGAGUAAACAAAAAAGAAAUAGAUUAUACGAUGAAGUUGGAAAAUAUGAGAUUUUUCUAUAGACUAUACAAGAAGAAAUAG